CUCCCACGCUUACGGCGAUCAGUAUAAAGCUACUGACUUUGUUGUACCUGGACCUGGAAAAUUGGAAAUUAAAUAUACACCAAAUUCUGGUGGAGAAGUAAUUCAGCAUACUGUGUUUGAUUUUGAAGAUGGAGGUGGAGUUGCACUUGCAAUGUAUAAUACUGACAAGUCUAUUACAGAUUUUGCAUAUAGUUCAUUCGAAUAUGCACUUAGCGUUAAUUAUCCAUUAUAUCUCAGUACGAAAAACACGAUUUUGAAAAAAUACGACGGUCGAUUUAAAGAUAUUUUCCAAGAAAUUUAUGAUAAAGAAUAUAAGCAAAAGUUUGAAUCUAAGGGUAUUUGGUACGAGCAUCGUCUGAUUGAUGACAUGGUUGCUCAAGCAUUAAAAUCCGAAGGAGGAUUUGUUUGGGCAUGUAAAAAUUAUGAUGGAGAUGUUCAGUCUGAUUCUGUGGCCCAAGGUUACGGCUCUCUUGGAAUGAUGACGAGUGUCUUAAUUUGUCCCGAUGGAAAAACGAUAGAAGCAGAAGCUGCUCACGGCACUGUUACACGUCAUUAUAGAAUGCAUCAACAGGGAAAAGAAACUUCAACUAAUCCAAUAGCUUCAAUUUUUGCAUGGACAAGAGGUUUGGCUCACAGGGCAAAGCUGGAUAAAUGUCCUGCUUUAGCAAAUUUUUCGAAAGCUUUAGAAGCUGUCUGUGUCGAAACCAUAGAGAGCGGAUUCAUGACAAAAGACUUGGCCAUAUGUAUUAAAGGAAUGAGCAGUGUAACUCGAGAAGAUUAUUUGAACACCUUUGAAUUCUUGGACAAAUUGGCCGAGAACCUAAAUAAAAAGCUAGGAAUGUGACUGGAUGAUUGCGUCUCUAGCAAACUGUGAUGCUUUUAUAUCUUUAUGCAAUUUUCUUCGUACCAAAUCAUGUAUUGCCUUAUGCGAUAUGGUAAAGCUAUCAAAUGUGGUAAGCGGUAUUUAUGGUUAUGGAGAAUCACUCACUAAAUUCGUUAGUUUAUUUAUAAGAGCCAAAUAAACAGUAUUUCAAUAGUUGAUUUAUAAAAAUAGCAACAUUCCUAGCACAAAGAACUGUGUAACAGUUUACAGAACAUAACUACUUAUUUGUAUUUAUACAAGUAUAUAAAUGGUUGAUUUAAUAAAAUUUAAUUUUUAAUUUUAAU